UCAAGACAAAAGGACAAAACAUUAUUUUCUUCUUCAGUGCGUUGUGUUUUUCUACUGUCUUGUUGUGCAAACAGUGUUUGGUUGGUGAAGAGAUGUGAGGAAAUCUAGCCCGGUAACUGGGUAGAGUAUACUUUACCAUGGGUCGCCACUCUAGAAGUCGAGAAGCUCCCAAUUUGGCUCGAGCGAGAGCUGAUAUUCAACGGCUAGUUGGCGAUGGGUCCAAAACGACGUCUGUCAGUAGGAAAUCCCGUCGAAAGCUACAGCGUUCGGAAAAGAAGCAGGGAAAAAGGCUGGUCGGUAAGUCUCAGCAGACUGAAGCUACUGGUUUCAAAAUUGCCACCACCAACAAGGAUGGAGCAGGCAAUCGGAGGAACAAGGCUGAUUCAUCAGCAUCAUCUAAGUUCAGCAAAGGAGGUCUAGAUUUUGCGAACCGAUUUGAGGAUCGUGAAAUUCACCGUUUAGAAAAGCAGCUGAAGCUUACAAAAAGAGGCAAAAAGUUGCCAAAAGGUUUUGCUGAUGAUGGUCUGGAUUAUUUGCUAGAAGUUUGUGAUCACGUGUCCACCUCUGCUCCGGCUCAGGCAGCAAAGACAACCACCGGCACCACUAAACCGGCUAAAAGGUUGACGGAACUAGAAAAAUACGUCCAGGAAAAGCGCAAUGCAGCAGCAGCAGCAGUACCGCCAGGCGCAACUCAGAAAGUUUCCAGGCGUGGGUAUAGUGGUGACGAUGCUUGUGAUGACAACGACAGCAGCACCUCAGAGGAGGAGAUGGAUGAUGAGUUUGCUGAGGAUGCUGAUGCUACUGUUGGUGGUGGUGCUAGUGAUGACGAUGAUGUGCUGUUUGGCUGCGAGGAUAGUGACAUCGACGAUGAUGAGAGCGAUGGCGAUGUUGAAUAUGACUACAGCGAAAGCGAUGGUGGUGAUGAUGAUGCUCCUAUGGAGGCCGACAAUGCCACUCGGUAUUCUGCUGCUAGCAGUAAAGAGAUGGUUCACGACGAGAAGUUUGAUCAGCUGGCACGUCAAGUGAAAGGGCUGAUUAACCGGUUGUGCGAAAGCACCUUGAAGACUACUAGCAACAAGAUCCAGCAGCUCUUCUCCACCAAUAGUCGUAACAAUACCAAUACGUGUUUGAGUAGAUGCAUAUUGGCAGUUUGUAUUACACCGGCAUUGCAACCUGACCGUCUGUUGGCAGAGCACAUGCUGCUUGUUGCUGUGUUACAUCGAACUGUCGACACGGAUGUGGGCUGUCAUUUCCUGGAGGAGCUGGUGAAGCACUUUGAUUCGCUGCACAGACAUAAAGGAGCAGCGAGCAGCACAGCUUCUGGGACUACUGCUGAAUCAAGCAAGGAAUGUGACAAUGUUGUAGCCAUGCUUGCUCAUCUCUACCUCUUCAAGGUUGCACACUAUUCUCUCAUCAUUGACAUCAUAAAGCGCUUACUGGGCCGCUUUCAGGAUGAAGAUAUCACCAUGCUGCUGCAGCUGCUGAAAACCUGUGGCGGGGAUAUUCGCAAGGACGACCCCAGUGCUCUCAAAGAGGUCAUCUCUACAGUGAGAAGCAGGUCAAAGGAUACCACGAGAGUUGAUGAGUCGCGGAUGCGGUUUACGAUAGAUGCGCUGAUGGCAGUCUGUCACAACAACUUUCGCAAACUACCAGGUUACGAUCCAGACUCAAUACGGCACAGAUCCCGUGUUUUACGCGGAAUGUUACCUGGAUCGGUAGCAUUGGCGGACGCACAAAUGCGUAUUGGCUAUGAUGACCUGGCAAAUGCACAGGAGAAAGGUCGCUGGUGGGUAGUUGGCUCUGCCUGGACUGGUCGCUCUACUUCAGCAAGGUCCACAGCGUCUGGCCAGCAACCAGCCAGUGACAGCCACGUUGUGCUGGAUGAGAAGUUGUCGCAACUAGCUCGAGUGCAACACCUCAACACCGACCUGAGGAAAAACAUCUUCGGAAUACUGAUGACAUGUGAGGAUGUCGUGGAUGCCUUUCAGAAAUUGCUUCGACUCAACUUGAAAGGUCAGCAAGAACGAGAGAUAGUACAUGUUGUUCUUCACUGCUGCUUCCAGGAAAAAGAGUUCAACAUAUUUUACGCUUGCCUAUGUGCCAAGCUGGCAGCUUACAGCCGCAGCCACCAGAUCACCAUCAGAUUGGCUAUUUGGGACCGGCUCAAGUCGUUGGCAUCGAUGAACAAGCGCCAAACAGCUGUUUUGAGGAAACUGAUGCUGCACUUCCUUCUGGAGAAAACACUGACGUUGGCAUUGAUCAAAAAUGUUGAUUUCUCACACCUGGAUCCUGCAUCUCUAAAUUUCUUUCAAGAUCUAUUUGUUGAUGCUGUGGUCAAGUAUCCUCCUGGCUGCUUCCAGAAGAUUGUGGAGAAGUCAUCCUGCCCACCUCCGAUUCAUUUACCAGCUUUCUUGCGUUUUGUUGGCCGUCAGAUUCAGGAAACUGGUUCCCAACUCCUUGCCGGUGGCAAGAAUGCCAAAUAUGUUCGGCAGCAGCUCGAAGGUAUUGCUGAUGCAUGCCGUUCUUAAGGCGUGCUGAUGUCUGCUGUGCCGCUACUUGUAUAUAAGCAAACUGCUUUAGUUGUGUUGAGUUAGCUAGCUGCUUUGAUCUUGUACAUACCUGUGCAUACUUGUACAUACCUGUGCAUACUUGUACAUUUAUGAUCUCUUUUUAAUACUUGUACAUACAUUAUAUGAUCUCUUUUUUAUAUUUGUACAUACAUUUAUUAUCUCUUUUUAACGAUUCAGUGAUGAUGGAUAGCGGCCGAAGGGCCAGUUGAGACUUCUCUACGUAGCUGUUUUUCUAGUGCGGUGUUUUUUGUGCAGGGACUGUGACUAGAGCAGAGGGCAAGUUCCCAGGCCAGCAUAAUAAUAAUAGACAUCUGUUUAGAUUUUCCACACGUUUGCGACAACGGCUCUGGUCCCCUCACCAGUGAAGAAAGCGGAAAGAUGCCAUUCUCAUUCAGGUACAGCCAGACCUUGCUUAUCAGGUCCUCGCUUAUCCAGAUCCCUCGCCAUCCGGAAGAAAAGUGUUGGUUACCGAUUUACAGCAUAUGUCAUGCAUACAUACAGUAAGUGUGUUCGAUUAUCCGGUUCCCUCGCCUAUCCGAAUAUUUUGUGGAAAACGGACGUGUGCGGUUAUGCGAGGUCUGGCUGUACAACCUGGAUAUGCCAAGUGCACAAGCAGUGAAACUUCAGUGGAACGUAAUUUUACC